ACGUUGAACUUUAUAUUUCAGAAUAAAUUGUUUUGUAAUACUUAAUAAACUGUUACGUAGCCAUGGCGACUGAUGACGUCGAAAUGAAUCUGCACGGCGAACAGAAGGAUAUAUCAUGGAUCUUCGACCAGUACGUGGGUCCAACGGGAGAAAUCCCUGUUUCGAAAUUCGAAGACAUUGUUGAAGAAUAUCGUAAAUCGUUAUCGGAGGCGACAAUAAGAAAACUUCUUAAUUAUGCGGAUAAGAAUAAAGAUGGUUACAUCACAAAGCAAGAGUUGUUGAGACUGGAAAAUGAAGACGUCGAGGUGGUUGCCAAGGCCACAGGGGUGGCAGCAUCCGACCUCACUACAUUUAAACGUGGAGUGAAGUUUGCUGGUGACAUGGUGCUGACCAACCAACACGACAAGGAAUUGUAUUACAAGAAAUACACUUGCUUGCCGCCGCCUUUAUUUAUGAUAUUGAUCAGCGUUAUAGAGUUAGCAGUGUAUAUCUACUAUGGCGUCACACUGGGCGAAUGGAUGACGUAUCACCCCGAAUUAUUGAACAGUCCCCUGAUAUUCGAUCCGAGGAAACGACAAGAAGUUUGGAGAUUUUUAACUUACAUGUUACUACAUGCGGGACUCGAACACAUUCUCUUCAAUUUAUUGAUCCAGCUAUUACUUGGUAUCCCCCUUGAAAUGGUACAUGGGGGCCUGAGAGUGGGGGCAAUCUACCUUACUGGGGUGAUUGGGGGUUCGCUGGCAAGUUCUAUAUUUGACCCUUACACACCAUUAGUUGGCGCUAGCGGGGGUGUUUAUUCAUUAUUUACUGCACAACUAGCAAAUGUUGUAUUGAAUGGAGAUGUAAUGCAUAAACUCUCAAGUCUUCUACGAACAAUAUUUGUCGUCUUUAUUCUUUGUGCCGACUUUGGAUAUUCAAUCUACAGAAGAUUCGAGACGACAGCAAGCGGGACAAAAGUAUCUUUUGUAGCUCAUGUUGCUGGAGCAAUAGCUGGACUGACUAUGGGACUAAUGGUUCUUCAUAAUUUUAAGAAAAGCCUUCGAGACAAAAUAGUUUUCUGGAUUGCAGUUGGAGUGUUUUCUGCAUUCAUGCUCUUUGCAAUAUUUUGGAACAUUUUCUGGCCCUACUACCCCACCAUGUGACCAUAGAAAUCUAAUUAAUUUUAAUCUAUUGUAAUACUGUUAGUAAUCUCAGAGAUUUUCUACAGUUGAUGAAUUCUACAACAUUUUUAACUGCCCUGGCUUAGUAUGCUUGCUGUAGAAUUAGAUACAAAACUGAUUAAGUUUCACCAGAGAUGUGUCGGAUAAACUAUUUGCACGCAGUACUACCUACAGGAACAAUCUUUUAAUUAUGGUUUCCGCUUUUCCGCAUGUUUUUUGUAGCAAUGUUAUUUUAUGAUCAAUAAACACAGAGUUCAAAAAA